CCCUAGAAAAGCCCUCAUAUAGUUCAGUCAUUCCGCUGUGACUUGUUGAACGGGUCUUUUAUCCUCACUAAGUGCAGCUGUCUGCAGGAGUCUUUUGCAACGCCACUUACUUUUAUAUAUAUAUAAUUUUUUUUUAGAUUUUCGAUCCAGUUUUGUGUACUUAUCGAGUAGCUAUGUCCAAACAACCGCAACCUAUCAGCCCGGGGAAGAAUUUCUUUGCAGGGGGUUUUGGUGGAGUUUGUUUGGUGUUUGCCGGUCAUCCACUCGAUACCAUAAAGGUACGUCUACAAACUCAACCCAAACCAGGUCCUGGACAGACUGCCCUUUACACUGGCACCUUUGACUGUUUCAGACAGACCCUCGCUAAGGAGGGGCUGAAGGGUCUCUACAAGGGCAUGGCAGCUCCCAUCAUUGGAGUCACUCCUAUGUUUGCUGUCUGCUUCUUUGGCUUUGGCCUGGGCAAGAAAUUACAACAGAGACACCCUGAAGAUAUCCUCACAUAUCCUCAGAUUUUUGCUGCAGGAAUGCUCUCUGGGGUAUUCACCACAGCUAUCAUGGCGCCAGGAGAACGCAUCAAAUGUCUCCUGCAGAUCCAGGCUGCAUCACAGGAGGUGAAAUAUGCUGGUCCAAUGGACUGUGUCAAACAGCUUUAUAAAGAAAGCGGCAUCCGUGGAAUCUACAAAGGAACUGCUCUGACACUGAUGAGAGAUGUCCCGGCCAGUGGAAUGUAUUUCAUGACAUAUGAAUGGCUGAAGAAUAUCCUCACACCAGAGGGCAAGAGCCCAAGUGACCUUAGCGUUCCCAGUAUUCUCUUUGCUGGUGGAAUGGCAGGAAUCUUCAACUGGGCUGUUGCUAUUCCCCCUGAUGUGCUGAAAUCUCGUUUCCAGACAGCUCCUGAGGGAAAGUAUCCCAAUGGUUUCCGAGAUGUCCUGCGGGAGCUCAUUAGGGAGGAAGGGGUGGCCUCCCUCUACAAGGGCUUUACAGCUGUAAUGCUGAGAGCUUUCCCUGCCAACGCAGCCUGUUUCCUUGGGUUUGAAGUAGCCAUGAAGUUCCUUAAUUGGAUAGCACCCAACCUGUGACAGCAGAGACAAGACUCAGAGAUGGCGUCUAAAGAGCUCCCCAGACAACGACCACUCACACAGACACAUCAUUUAGAGCAGUACCUGAGGUACUGACAGAAGGUGGAACAUUUAGGCAGCGUUGCUUCACACACCCACGAGCCCACGCAACCCACCCACACACAGAUACACACAACCACCCACACAAUAAUGAUGAAUGUUCACUCUUUAGCUGUUUUUUUUUGUUGUUGGUUUUUUUUUUAUUAGUUUUGUUUGAACAGGAGCGAUGUGCCUUAUCAGGCUGUAAAUCAGUCUCUGCUUUUCA